UCUUCUGUCAUACCGGGAUGGGCAUUCAUACCUGUAGCAAGAGUGCAGAUACCGUAUGCUUACCGGUACUGUACCGCUACUAGUAGCUAGCUUUGGAACCGUGGGGUACGUAGGCGUCGUUCUCUCCCCCACUCCGUGCUUCCCACACCGUACCGGUACCGUACCGUACUGGCCUUCCAAACAGCCAUCGUGGCAUUCUACAUUAGCCAACCACAGCGAUCUGAUCACAAACCGAUCCCCUUGUCAACUAACUUUCAACAAAGCCGUGACAUGCUUCCAGUAGAUUGAUUCCACAGAGAAUCUUCUUCACUUCCGCAGCAUUCGAGCCGAACAGUGGAACAAACAAAGGCACGUGAUGCUGGGUUGUCGCUGGGAAUUCCAGAGAACCGCCCAGUCACAUUUUACUCCCCCUGUCUUCGCUCUGUCCUUCUCCGAGUCACUUCUCUUUGUUUGACACCCAUUUUCUCUUUUCAUGGGUUCCGCCAACAACAUUGCUCACAAAACAGAAUUUUAGAAGAAAACCACCAACAACCCAAACAAUAGCAAAGCUAUAGCAGGCUACUGCAGCAACAUCACGACCAUGAGCAAACAACAGGCAAGCUCAAUGAUGAAGAACCGCCCAAGUCGUCUUUCUAUGGAGGGAUACAUCUACAAUGCUGACAAGGUACUUGAUGUUGCCUUGCAUCCACAGACGCACAAAGCAGAAACCCAGAAACUCCUGCAAGAGUGCGUGGGUGUUGCCAUUUUGUCUUGCGUUCAUGCGGGUGCUCUCAUAACAGCCCAUUAUGGUACAGGGGUGCUCAUGGCAAAGAAGAAGACAACAUCUGACAAGAUUGAAUGGAGCGCUCCGUCGGCAGUCAUGACUGUGGGGUACUCCAUGGGUGCCUUGGCUGGGGGCAAGGUUGAUUCUGUACUCAUCUUUAUCAUGAACGAUGAAACCCUUCGUGACUUUAUGACCAAACCACAAACCCGAAUGGGUUUGGACGUAGCCUUGGCAGCCGGUCGUCGUGGUGGCACUGCCAACGUUGGUUUGGAAGCAGAAAGCAAAGGCACUGUCAGUGUCGCCUUGACCAAUGGAGCCUUUGUUGGUGCAUCCAUUCAAAUUGGCACUUUGGAGCCUCAGCAUGUGCAGAAUGAGCGUUUCUAUAGCAUUUCAAAGCUGACUGCCAAGACUAUCCUGAUGAGCAGCAACAUUGCUGAAGUGCCACCCGAAAGCCAAGUUCCUGACCUGCAUCGGAAAUUGAAUUUACUGGCGGAUGGAUUGACAUGGGUCCCAUCACCAGAGGAUGUGGACCGUUCUUCUCAUUUUCUCAAACAAGCUGAAGAUGCCAGUCGCCACUUUGUUCAAGUUGAUUUGCAGUGACCAGCAUUUUCCAUGUUCUUGCUUGUUAGAAUAGGAUUGCUGAAUGAGUCGCCAUCGUCUCCUACGUCUCAUAUCUUUAAAGGAAUGUGACAUGUAACGCAUGUCACUGGUAUCGAAUGUGCCGGUAUAUACGAAGAGUCCAGCAGUGGCUGCUGCUAGUCGCAAGUCAGAUUUGCUAUGGGGGAAGAAGAAGUGCGCUUUACAGCCAGAUUAAAUGAUUGAACUAGACACACUGCCCUAGACUCGCUGCCCUAGAAACCUUCUUGCUAUGACGGCUCUGGUCAGGGCGACAUCGACAACGACUA